UAAAGGCUUCCGGAAGGGGCGGUGAGUGAGUGGGGAGGACUGUGUGUGUAGGACAUGUCUGGAGGCGGCCGUCCAGGCGCGUCCAAGAGGAAAAGGAGUUGGCAUACAGAGCACUCAUCCUUUUUAGAAGAGAGGUCACAACAACUGAGAAGAGCAAAUUUCAAGACAGCAGAAGCAGCCGUCUCUCUCUCUAAAGCAUGGCUUAAGCGUGGAGAAGGAUUUCAGGACACAUCUGAGACCCUGUCAUCAGUAAGUGAAAACACAGCUAAUACUGAGAAACACCUUGAAUUAUCUCCAAGACCAAAGAAAGAAACAAGGAAGAGUGCUAAUGAUCUUGCAGCUAUAACAUGGAGUUCAAGUGAGAGUGACCUCUCAGAUGAAGAUAAGACACUCCCUGGAUUUCAGAGAGACAGUGGACAUGGCUAUAGAGAAAACAGGGUUUGUGACAGGACUGUUUUAUGUCCAGAAGAUGGAGCCACUGAGGAUGAAUUACAAUAUAUUGACUGGGAGAUUAACAGUGACCUAGAAGACCCUGGUGAGCCUAGUGAGUUUGAAGAUGGUGAGGGGGCUGUGGACAUCUCAGAUUGUGCUUCGUGUGCAAGUGGUGAUUCUGUGGCAAAUGAUGACAGGCUGCGUGAGCCCCCUGAGCGAAUUUCUACAGAAAUUUUGGAGUAUUCAUCAGAGAGUGAGAAAGACGAUGACCCGGAGCAUGCCCUGUCCAUUGAUUCAGAAUCCCCUCAGAAAUGCCAAGUGCACUGUAAAUCAGAUGCUAGACAGUUUUUGGAUAGACAGCCACACCCAAGGCCAAAUUCAGCUCAGCCCAUAUUGAGCACACCUCAGAAAUAUACAGUCAAGUUUCCAAAGACUCCAGAAUAUUCAGCAACAAAGAAGAAGCUUUUAAGAGGCGGGCUAGCAGAAAGACUGCAAGAACUGCAGAAUCGAGAGAGAUCUGCCAUAUCUUUGUGGCAACAUCGAUGUGUAUCUUUCCAAAUGACACCUGUAGGCAGAAAAUCUGGUGUAUUAACUGUGAAAAUUCUAGAGCUACAUGAGGAAUGUACCAUGCAAGUUGCAAUAUGUGAGCAGUUGGCAGGGCCACCAACUAGGGAACUAGCUUCUAGCCGGGAAGCCUGCCUGAAGGUUCUCUUUUCCAGAGAGACUGCAGACCACCUGAGAGGGCGUCCCCAGGAUGUCAUUUACAUCUUUCCUCCUUGGCAAAAACUUUUUAUCCCAAAUGGAAGUUGCUCUUUUAUUCUGAAUACUUAUUUUUGUCAGAAGGCUAGUCCAAUAGAAACAGUGCAUGAAGAAGUAUAUAGUCAGGACACAUCUCUUCCAAGAAGAAAUAUAACUUUAGCCCAGAUGUUUAGAAUUAAGGACAUAACAAACAGUUCAUCCAGCAGUCAGAUGGUAUGUGGUGGCUCAGCCACUGCAGGCACUGGCUGGACCCAUGGGCAUGACAACGCAGAGCAUCAUCUUGCAGCGGGUGCUCCCCUAAGGGAUUCUCUUCUGGACAUUGUGGAAAGCCAACGAGCUGGCCCAUGGUCUGACAUCGGUGUCCGAGUAGUAGUGCAGAGGGUUUACUCACUUCUCAGGAGAGAUGGUGCCCGGAGCCAGCAAGGGCCCUUGGUGGGGCACGCAGAUUCAUCUGGAGCAUGGUCCUGCCUGCUAGUGCAGGAUGCCUGCGGGGUGUUCGGGGAGGUGUACUUGGACAGCACCCUCUGGAAGAACAGAGAGCUAGAAGGGAGGUCCUGCCACAUGUCAGGAAUGAACGUUCUACAGAAGGCUACGAGAGAAAGGACACCAGGGCUCUUCAGUUUAAUUGACACUAUGUGGCCCCCAGUGAUACCUCUGACCAAGCCUUCCUAUGGCCAGCCCAGUGAAGAGACAAAGACUCAUCUGCCUCCUCCUAUCUUCUGUUAUGUCUUCUCUGCACAUCCAAAUCUGGGACAAAUCGAUGCAAUUGAAAGAGACCCUAUGUCUAAGCUUUACCAGCCUCCAGUUAUCCACUGCUUACGGGAAAUCCUCCAGACUGAUGAGCACGGUACGCGCUGCAGCUUCUAUGCCAGAGUCAUUUAUCAAAGACCACAGCUAAAGAAUCUUUUGGCACAAAAGGGACUCUGGCUGCUGGUUACUGACGUCACCCUCCAAGCACAGGAUGAAAAGGACUGCUGUCUUCCAAAAACCCUGCCUAUCUAUGUAGCCCCCUCAUGUGUGCUGGGCCCGGAAGUUCUGGAAGGACUUGCCAUGCCUGUGCCUCAUAGCAUACUCUUCAGGGAUGCUCUCCGAGACAAGGGACAGAUUCUCUGUGUUGAGCGGACGGUCCUCCUGCCCCAGACACCCCUCCCGGGGGUAACUGCUGGUUCCUGUGACUUCCCUGACCCGGUGACACUAGAUGAGCUGAGCUCCCUCACACCUGUCAACUCCAUCUGCAGCGUGCAAGGUGCUGUGGUGGAUGUAGAUGAGAGCACUGCUUUCUCGUGGCCUGUGUGUAACCAGUGUGGCAAUGGAAGACUGGAGCAAAAGCCAGAAGAUGGAGGCUCCUUCUCCUGUGGGGACUGUUCCCGACUGGUUGUGUCACCUCUUCAAAGGAGGCAACUGCAUGUCUUUCUGCAUUGCCCCACAAGACCUGAGAGCACCGUGAAGAUCAAGCUGUUGGAGAGAAGUAUUUCCUCACUGCUGACGUCCGCUGCCUCCCGUGAUGGGAGUUACGAAGUGGAGAAUGUGCUUGGGAAGGAGAUGGGGCCUUUACCCUGCUUGGUGGAGUCCAUCACUACACAGCAGACCAGCUGCUGCGUCACACUGGAGGAGAUCGAGCUGCUGAGUGCAGCAGGAGCCACCCACCCGCCCUCCUGACAUCCCUGCACUUUGCAUGAGGGCGGGAGCAUAACUUGGGGAGGCCAGUUAACUCCAGAGGGUUUUUUAUAGUUUAACUUUAGCUGGUUCUCCCUCCUCCCCCUCUUCCUCCCUCCCUCCCU